UCUAUUUUGUUUGUGGUUUUGUGAAUUGGGUCGAUUAUGUCAUGGCGCGUUAGAUGUUUUCGGCAGUUGAUUAAAUGGAAUUUGUUUUGAAUUACGCCGUCAAUGAUCUCGUUUCGAUCACUGUUGUUUAAUACAAAUUGUAUUUAUAUAAUCGUGAUCCUCUCCUAAUCUAUUCAAAUGCUGAAACAAUUGCAAAUGGGCCUUCGCACGUUUAUGCUUAUCGCAUCUAAAGUAUGGAGUUGUUUUUGUUAUAUGUUUAAGAAGCAAUAUCGAGCGUUGGCGCAGUACCAAUCUGUCAAGUAUGAAAUUUAUCCGCUUUCCCCGGUAUCUAGACACAGGUUGAGUUUAGUGAAAAGGAAAAUGUUGGUACUAGAUCUAGACGAGACGCUGAUUCAUUCACACCACGACGCGAUGCUGCGGCCGACCGUCAAACCUGGCACGCCGCCCGACUUCGUCCUCAAGGUGACGAUAGACAAGCAUCCAGUCAGGUUCUUUGUGCACAAGCGGCCGCAUGUUGACUACUUCUUGGAUAUAGUGUCGCAAUGGUACGAGUUGGUGGUAUUCACCGCGUCCAUGGAAAUAUAUGGCGCCGCUGUCGCCGAUAAACUGGACAACGGCCGGGGUAUACUGCGCAAGAGGUUUUAUAGGCAACAUUGCACCGCGGAGCUCGGUUCAUAUACAAAAAACCUGUCGUCGAUAUGCGACGACCUAAACAGGGUAUUCAUUCUGGACAACUCGCCCGGGGCGUACCGGGACUUUCCAGACAACGCGAUCCCAAUCAAGUCGUGGUUCUCGGACCCGCUGGACGUGGCGCUGCUGAACCUGCUGCCGGUGCUGGACGCGCUGCGCUUCACGCACGACGUUCGCUCCGUGCUCUCGCGCAACCUGCAUCUGCACCGCCUCUGGUAGCCGCGCAGGUGAUAACUGGCUUUUGUACAAAUGAGGUGUGCCCCGGGCGCCCUGGACUUAUUUAUUUCAAAUGGAACAUUAAGUCGUUAUACAUAUGAACAUAGUUAAUGGUUUUAAGUCGUACUUGUAAAGUGUUGCGCGUAUACACGAGUGAGUUACCUACGUUGGUAGGGUUUGCUGGCGUUUCUAAAACACCCCGUGUUAGAUAAGUGACAGACGUGGCCUCUCUGAGUACUCCCUAUGUUUACAUUGCGAUUGUUGUUUUUUUUUCUGCCCAGUUGACAGCGUUCACCCCGAAAAUUACCCAAAAGUGGCAACACCGAAAUUAUCUGUCAUUUUCAAAGACAAUUGUAAUGUUUUAAAUAUUUGUAAUUGAUUAAUAAAUGCUCAAAUAACGAACUAGAAUGGUAAUUUAUCACUGAAAAUGUGGAUUUAGAAUUAAUAAAAAACUAUUUCUAUGUUUAACGUUUGACUUCGCUGCAGAGCUCUUUUUAAAUAAUCUAUUGGAAAUAUUUAAAAUUGUUUUAUUGAUUUUAAAAAUUGACCGAUAAUGUUGCCAUACUUUUAUAAUAUUUUGUAUGAACGCCCCUGAACCCCAUGUCUUACAAAUUAUAAAUCAUGCAACACUAUUGUAUUUAUAUUACGGAAUUUUCCGCCUAAAUUGAUUACCAUCAUUAAGAGAGCACUCUCAUCAUACAUGACUUAGUUUGGAUACCAAAAGUUCAAAUUACAAAUAGAUAUAUUACUAAUACUAUAUAAAUAGUUAAUAAUUACCCAAUUUUCCAAAAAUGUAAUUUAAAAAAAUCCAGUAUUUUACCAGAAUCGGUAUUUUACUGAUUGUGAAUUUAAAAUAAUAUAUGAAUAUAUUUAAAAAUCAUUUUAAAUACCAAAUGUGUUGAUGUCUAUUUGUGUUUGUAAAAUAGUGGUAAAAAAAGAUAAAAAAAAAAAUAGUAAAAAAUGUUUCUCUACAAACCAUAGAUAUUUAACAGAUUCUUUUCUUUGUGGUAUAAAAAAUUAUGUUUAUAAAAUUAUUAAAUCAUUAUAUACUCGUAUAUGUAUUAUUCUGCAGUAUCAAUUCAAUUCAGUAUACUAGACAAUACAUCAUUAUUGAAUGUUGAGUUUAUAUUUGUCACUUUCUUGAUAAAUCUUUAUUUCAAUACGCAUAGAGUUGAUUUUAUUAAUAUAAUAAGGAUUUUUUUUUUAUUUCUCGAACGAAAAACCCUUUAUAUUUGAAGAAAAACCAAUGUCAAUAAUUUUUAGGUUAGAUGUGAGAUUCUGUUUUUUUUUUUUCUUGCUUAAGACAAAUCAAAUUUAGAAUAAAUCUGAUAUGCCCAGUGUCAAUUUACGACUGAGACACGGUACACAAUCGGUUUUGUACGAUGUUUCUAGAAGGCGGUCCAUGAUGUGCGCGUGCGCCCCUUAUUUGUCCGCACAACUCCACAUUUUGGCGUCGAUAGAGCUUGUAGUAUAAUUUACUAUCUACUUAUCAUCUGGUAUAUUAAAAAAAAGUAAAUAGCAGGGUUUUUAUAUGUAAGUAAGUUAGUUAAUACUCAUAUGUACGUUAUUUGGCUCAGAGCUAGGCCACAGUCUACAAGUCAAACGUUUGAAGUCAGUUGAUUAUGUAUAUAGGCGUCUCUUUCAUUCGUUAAUAAUAAGAAGGAGAUGCAAACAAUUAUGUGAAUACGCCCAAUACAGGGUUGUCUCCAAACUUUAGUAUACAUAUAUUUUUUAUAUAAAACUUCGUACCGUUUUGUAUGGAAGCGCCGUUUGCGGGGGACCCUGUAUUGUGAGUGAACUAGACGGCGCGAUCGCCUGUCCUUCUCUAGUAUAAUAAACCAUUAGAUUUAAUGUACCCACCAGAUUUGAACCAAGUUUAUGUGAAGUUCAAAUAACACCUCACUUUUGUUUUUUUUUUUUUUAUAUCCGCGAAUACAUAAGAAAUGUAAAUAAUUGUUGUAUAAAAAAUGUAUGUACCUAAUGUUGAUAGCUAAAUACUUAUGUAAAAUAGUAAAUACAUAUGUUGUAAGUCUCCUUUCAAAUUUUAUACUUGGACAGAAUGUUAAUUUUAUUUAGGUGUUUUUAUAAAGACAUGAAUUGUUCACCCAAAACAUUGUAGAUACGAACUUCUCGACUGUUACCUAACGGUACAUUACUUAGGUAAUGUACCGUUACAGAUGUCUCCCUUGUUAGUUGCAGUAAGAGAAAGCUGAAUAAUGUCAUAAGAAUAAAUAGACUGGGUAAGAGACUUACAUACUCUGUGAUUAUAGCAUCCUGGUAAAAUUUACCCUAACUCCCAUUGGUGGAUCCUUGAAGAAGACUUACGAAUAAAAUUGAAACAAUUGUUAGAACGACAUUGUAAAAGUUAUAUUUUCCUUAUAUAUAUAUAUGUAUAAUAUUUUACAACAUGACUCGUGCGUCUCGCUCAUUCGUACGUGACUUACGUGCGAGUGAGCGAGACGCGCUCACUGCAGUCUGUCACUUAUUAGUUCUAACUUCAUAAGACGCGAGUCGUCACGUUAUUAUUAUUAUUAUUAUUGAAUUCACACCAAUGUCAGUUCUACCCGAAUAUUUAUUCUUAUGGUAAUGUUAGUGAUAUGUAAAUUCAUUUAAAUUUUAUAUAUAUUUAUAUUACAUAUUCUCUUUUCGUAAUAGUUCGUUCAAAAAAUAAAGUUGAUCGUUCGCCAGUUCUUAUGUUUUCGAAAUUUGAAAUUAAACAGUUUUCAACCGUUCUCAAAAAGAAGGACAUACUCAAUUUGAUUGUAUUUUCUUUUUUAUGUUUAUUACUUCAUAACUCCGUCACUUCUAUACUGAUUUAAAAAAAAUCUUUUUUUUUUAUUUUUUAUUUGAUAUUUAGAGAUUGAUCCCAUGGAAAUUUUUUGAAAUUCGAUUCAGUAAUUUAGUUUUUAAAACAAUAUAACUGUUUUUUUUUUGUCUUAACUGAAGUUGUUUCUUUUUUUGAGGCACAAUCUUUAAUUAUAGAUAAUUAUUAAUAAUUAUAUUAUAUUAUAUAAUUGUAUUCCACAAAAAAGAAAUGGUCUUCAAUUUUGGCAAAACCAGUUAAUUUGAUUUAAAAACAUAACAGCUAAACCGAUUAUUAUAAAAUUUCAACAGUACCAAUCUAUAAGUAUGUAUAUAUAUAUAAUAUUUAAAUAAAUAAUUUUCCAAAUCGGUUUAGAAUUGACGAAGUUAUAACGUAAAAAACUACAAAAAAAAAAAUCGAAUUAAUAAUCUUCUUCAUUUUGAAGUCUAUUGACAAAUUUGUAUGUAUUUAUUGAAGUAAACAUAUAGAACAAAUUAACAACUGGUAUAAAUGACCGCUAGAAAAACUGGCAGUAUAAUUUCAAUUAAGAGAACAUAUAAUUCAGUGGCUCCAUUUAGCGAGCGAAUCGUCCUAUACGACGUUUGUUUGUACACGGUCGAUAUUCAAGAACUUUCCCUUUAUAGUAAAUUACUGCAGCGGCCAGCAACUGAGGCAUGGAUGAACGUGCAAAUGUGGGCCGAGGCGCACCCGAGGCACACAUACGUGAGUCCAAUGCCUAGUUGUGGCCGAGGCUUGUAUAGUAUUUUUCUCAAACAAUGCGCGGAAAUCAAAAACACAAUUUGACUUUUUAAGUUCAAUGACGAAUUACGAACAAUAAUAAUUUUUCACGCGCCAUAAUGUUCCUUUUUUUUUUUUUCAAUAAUUUUUCUAUUUGCAAGUCAGUUCGAAAUUUAAAUAAAACCUUUUAUUAGUUACCUCCUUGGUAGCCAUGUUUCGAAGAAAAAGGUCAUUCUAUUUUUGAAUUACAGGACAGAUAUGAGUUUACAUAGUAAUUUAUCUGGCCGCAAAACACGACAGAUAUGGAUUUUCAUACAACUUUUACCGGCCACUGCCCGCAUGUAUCUUGGCCAGUACGGCAAUUUUGAUUUAUCUCGAAGAAGAUUGUCAAAAUAAUGUUCACAUUUCCAAGCAUGUUUGAGAAAUAGUUUUUUGGCGAACGAUAAAAUCACUUUCAAACAAAAAUUACAUUAGUAUUGAUCUAUCGGUUGUUCGCUAUUAUAUUAAUAACGAUUCCAUUAAAGUUUUGUGUUACUAAGAAUUACUUUAUGGGUACUGUUUUUAAACAAAGGUGAGGUGUGCUACAAUGCUGAGACACUAACAAUAAAUGUUUGCACCAAUUUUUCAUAAACUGCCUAACGCGAGGCCUAAUGUAAGGUAUCACACGGUCUAACCUGUCAGGCUUCGUUUUACUUCACAUCGAGACCGCAGCGACAUCUGUGAAAACAACCAAAUGACAAUUUAUCCCGAUAGAGACGUUAUUGUUUUAUAAACUUUAUUAUGUUUUAGUCUCUGAGAAUAGGCGGAAAAAAAAAAAAAUAUUUUCCCUCCAUUACGGAAUUUCAAGUUACUCCUAACAGUAAAUUUAUAAUUACUGAUUUUGGUUACGUUGUAACACGGUGUCGCCACCUAUGCAUAGCUUCUCGCUUCUUUAUUGGGUGAUUGGGUGCAACUAGUUGGGCCACGCCCCCAUAGAUUGCAGCGAUUGGCUAAAAUUGUUGUUUGCUUCCCAAUUUUACAGUAUUCUAUUUCUAUAGUGACGUCAGACCAUGCUACCCUCUCAAAAUUAUACUGCCCCCCCCCCCCCCCCCCCCAAUUCAAACGUCAAAAUAUUUUAGCUAUUGCUAUCAUUUUGUAAGUGUUGACAUCUCAAUUUGAAAGAAAGAAAAACAAAGCGGUUCAAAAAGCUUUUAAUUUUUACGAUUGAUGAUAAAAAAUGUCGUCGUAUCCAAUAUUUGAUCAUUACAUAAAUUUCAACGUCUACCUCUUUAUAUAAAAGAGUAUUUUAAUAAAAUAUACAUAAGUAAACAAAGACAAUCCUGUCCACAGAUUAUUUCGUAGUUCUAUUAUAUAUAUAUAUAUAUAUAUAUAUAAAACCAAAUCGUUGUGAUGUUAUAUUUUGAUUGUGAUUUAUUUUGUGAGUUUAACUGAUUUAAUUCUAGGAUUUAUUAGAUUGUAUUGUAAUAAAUAGUAAAAUGAAACGUUUUUCAUAUUUCUAAAUAGUUGAUUUGGUUUAUUCACAUCUUUAAACAAGUUAGAUAGAAUUAGCGAUUCUGCUAAUUCUAAUUGCUACUACAGAACAUAAGCCUCCCCCUUGGGGGGUUUUGCCAGUAGUUGCCACGCUUGGCAGACGCAGUUAGGGUUUUGGUAGUGUUUUAAAAGGGACGCUUUUGCCCAUGUCUCGACCAUUAAAUUCCCUUAGUCGUCUUUUACGACCACGGGAAAUAAAGGGGUGGCCUUUUCUAUGCCGGGACCACAGGGCCAAUUUUAAAUGACGAUGAAAAAUGUACAAAUUUUCAUAUAUUAUUACAUGAUGUAUUAAAAUGUGGAAAUAAAAUACGUUUGUGUCAAUUUUGAUUAUUUACUAUUAAACCACUAAGAUUCAACCACUUCCAAAAUCGUCUAUUUUGAAUAACAAAUUUAACGACCUAUAAGUGUCCCACUGCUGGGCAAAGUUUUCCCUAUGAGAGACGGAUAGUAGCUGAUUUGCGGCGUUGCCCAUAUAGCUUAAUAUGAGAUUUUAUCCAUGGUUAUUUUUUAAGAUUAUUUUCCAGGGGGCUCUGGGACUUUAAAACACUUAGAAAGGCACCCCCUCCCCCCCUCUAUCGCAUCGCACAGCUUUCAGUUACGCCUAUGGUUUUGUUUCAAGUUUCCCUUCUGCUUUGUUCCCUAACAUUCGUAUGAAAUGGUGUAUUAACAUAAUAUGUAUUGUAACUCUGUGACACCACGAUGGACUACCUCACCUUAUGUGAAAUAAACAAAUGUUCUUUAUGAUAUUAUAGAUUUAUAAAACGUAUUUAAAGCAUACAAUGGUAUGUAAACGUAAGAACCAUGGAUUCUCUUUCUCUAAUUUAUCUUUAAAAUUAUUCCCAUUUAAAGAUUUAUUUGAACAUAUUGGGUUCGACUCUAAAAUGUCAUUUUUAUAAACUUAUAUCAAAAAACUUUUAAAAUAUUUUUAUUUGAUAAUUUCAUGAAAUUAUUGUUUUAUGGACCAUCAUAAACAAAUAUAAUAAUAUUGACUUAAUGUAUUGGAAAAUUAGUUCAUAUUGUCCCUCACAAUAUAGAUUAACAAAUUGAAUUUUUUUUGUAUUUUAGAUAUACAUUUCGAGAUGUGUCCCAAUGGCAUUUCGAAAUCGACGCCAUUAGCAGUGCCCAAAAAUUAUAUAAAAGACCAAGUUCACUUUAAGUUGAUCGUGUCUGAAUACCUUUUUUAAUGUCCAUUUAAAAAAAAAUAGCUGUCAAUUUUUUUUUUAUUUUUCUUUUAAUUUUAGACAUGAAUUAUAUCACCUUGAUUUAUUUCACCAAUAACGAAAAAUAAUGCAAAGAAGGGUAAAGUGGAAAGUGUACGUCAAAGUACUAGAGUUUACAUAUUAUUUUUUUCAACAUUUUUUCCUACUAUAUUUGUACUUGGAAAUCAAUAGUAACAUUUGAAUCUGAUGAUUAUUUGAUUAAACAAAUUUGUACUGAACUCUUAUAUUCACGCUGUGAAAGGAGAUUUUAUAUUAUUUCUCCACUUAUAUGUAAUAGAAAUUUUUUUCUAAAAUUGAUAAUCAGGUAUUACAAUUUGUAUGGCGAUCUGAUGUUUUUUUUUUUAAAUACAGUUAUUUUAGAAUAACGAGUAGAAUGUAUGUUUUCAGUUUAAAGUUCACCUUACACCCUGCGUCUAUAAUGUAUUAAGCCGCUGAAAAAUUCGUGCAAACAACCUAUCUUCCAGUGAGAGACAUUAAUUAAUUAGAGAGGCUUGUGCGAACGAGGGACAACAGUUUUGCCCGUCAAAACGGUACAACGCACACGCAGUCACGGCAAACGCCCGACAGCUGAGGGUCUACCAUGAAAUGUUUCCGAAAUUUCCGAGCCAAACGAAACACAAAUUUGAUGUUAAAAUUACAUUAUUACAUAAUACAUGCCGUUUGGAAAUAUGAAAAAUGUAUCAAAAAUAUCGUUCCUUUGGAUUUUUAUGAUAGGAUGUACGACAAACGAAAUGUUAAACUCCAUUUAUUGGUCCGAUUUUGGUAUAAACAAACGAAAUUGAGUCCGAAAAUACGGAAUUUCAUUACAUGGUAGACCCGCUGAUCUGUGAUUGUAACCGCCCGCGGACGGGUCCCUCGUCUGCGCACGCCCGUAGUGGUUUGCCCAUUUUUGAUCUCGGUAUUUUUUAGUUUUAAUGUUCAUUUAUGUGAAACACUGGGCACGGAGCCCCAUCCUUUCAGCGGAUGGUCACUCGACUACGCUUAACCUGAUUUAGAUAAUAUAAUUUCUAUAUAUUGUUGUUUGUAUUAAGUAAGGAAUUUUUAAAAAUCGGCAAAUCACUUGUCGCGUCCGCAUGGGCAUGGCAGAAAUCGGUUCAUCUAUAUUUUCCAAAGAGACUACAUCAUAGGAUUCUUAAAAUGGGAGGUAAAGAGGUGAGGUAAAAUGACAUGAAAAUUUAAAAAUAUGUAUGUACAAUUAAUUACAUUGUCCUAUUAUAUUGUAACUAUCGCUCGUCCCUCGUAUGAAGGUGGCGCCCUCUAGUGUAAGGAGUGAGUGGUUUAACUUUGUUGUAUAUGGACACAGAAAAAUCAUACAUCGUGCUGUGCUAACGGUAAACUACAAAAGCGUCCAAUAGUUCUAUUAUGAAGAAUUAAAUUUCCUGAAUAAACAUAUUGAGAAAGUUUACAAGAUUUACUAUAUAAAGGUAACCGCCUUUUGCCGUGCCCUACAUGAAAAUGGAUGGACUUUUUUUUUAAAUCAAAUGUGGAACAGUUUAAUGACAAUAGGAUUACGUAACUCCAUCAUGUACAAAGUAUACAGACUCAGUUGCAAACGAUUUUGUGUACUAAUAAAUGCUGUUUACGGUUGA